UUUUUCCUUUUUCUUUCACAAAACCCAAAAAAUUUAGGGAUGGAUUUUGCCAUAGCUCUGCUGUUAUUUACUGGCAUCAUUUCGUAUCUGCUCUGGUUUACUUUCAUUUCUAGACCAUUUAAGGGUCCUCGAGUGUGGCUCUUGCUGGGCAGCCUUCCGGGCCUGAUCGAGAAUGCCGACCGCAUGCACGAGUGGAUCGCCGAUAACCUCAGCGCGUGCGGUGGCACGUACCAGACCUCCAUUUGCGCCAUUCCCUUCUUGGCUCGAAAGCAAGGCCUGGUGACGGUCACCUGCGACCCCAAGAAUUUGGAGCAUAUUUUGAAGACCCGCUUCGACAAUUACCCAAAAGGUCCUACUUGGCAAGCUGUUUUUCACGAUCUACUUGGCCAGGGGAUCUUCAACUCCGAUGGUGACACGUGGCUCUUCCAGCGUAAGACGGCCGCACUGGAAUUCACCACCCGGACCCUGCGCCAGGCCAUGGCUCGCUGGGUGAACCGAGCCAUUAAGCUCAGGUUUUGCCCCAUCUUGGAAACGGCCCAGCUCGAAGCCAGCCCGGUUGAUUUGCAAGACCUCUUGCUCCGGCUCACCUUUGACAACAUCUGUGGCUUGGCUUUCGGGAGGGACCCACAAACGUUGGCGCCGGGGCUUCCUGACAACAGCUUCGCAUCGGCUUUCGACCGAGCCACCGAGGCGUCUUUGCAGCGCUUCAUCUUUCCUGAAGUUAUAUGGAAGCUGAAGAAAUGGCUUCGGCUCGGUAUGGAAGUCAGCUUGAGCCGAAGCCUCGUACUCGUGGACGAAUACCUGUCCAGCAUCAUCAAUGCGCGGAAGCUCGAGCUGAUGAGUCAGCCGAAGGAUGGGUCCCACCACGAUGAUGACCUGUUAUCCAGGUUCAUGAAGAAGAAAGAAUCCUACUCGGACAAGUACCUGCAAGAAGUGGCACUCAGCUUCAUCCUAGCUGGACGUGACACGUCAUCGGUAGCGAUGAGCUGGUUCUUCUGGUCAUUGAUCCAAAAUCCCACAAUCGAGGAAAAAAUCCUCUGCGAAUUAUGCCGUGUUUUGAUCGAGACACGUGGAGAUGACGUGUCGACCUGGAUCGACGAACCCUUGGCUGUCGAGGAGCUUGAUCGAUUGGUGUACAUGAAAGCUGCACUGUCGGAAACUCUCCGGUUAUACCCAUCCGUGCCGGAGGAUUCAAAGCACGUCGUGGCGGAUGACGUGUUGCCAGAUGGCACGUUCGUGCCAGCUGGAUCAUCCGUAACAUAUUCCAUUUAUUCGGCAGGGAGAAUGAAGUCUACGUGGGGCGAGGAUUGCCUGGAGUUCAAGCCGGAAAGAUGGCUGUCCCCUGAUGGCAAAAAGUUUGUGACGCAUGAUUCCUUCAGAUUUGUUGCCUUCAAUGCUGGUCCAAGAAUUUGUCUGGGGAAGGACUUGGCAUAUUUGCAAAUGAAGUCGGUGGCGGCAGCUUUGUUGCUCAGGCACAGGAUAACCCUGGCUCCUGGCCACAAGGUGGAGCAAAAGAUGUCGUUGACACUGUUCAUGAAGUAUGGGCUUCAAGUCAAUUUGCAUCCCCGGGACCUGACAGCAAUUGUAGAAAGUGUCAAGAAACAGAAGCCGAUCGGUGAUCAGUUGUCUCAGGAUGCAGGGGUGGGGUCUUCGAGUGUCCAGUGUAAUGGAAAAUGUGAUGCUUGCUGCCUCAACCGGGGAACCAAGGCGAUUGCAGGUUGUUGACAGCCGCCACUGGUUUGGAACGGGAGGUGGCGGGCCAGAUGAGAGGACAGGAAGUGUGGAGGUUGCGGCUUGUUGGGGUUUAGGAAUGGUUCAUGAAGGUCCUCACGGGUUUGGCUUUCUUGCCAAAGGUACAUUUCAUUGAUUGCAGAAGCGAAAAAGAACGGUCAAUUUGAAAGAGAGAAAUUUUUGGUGGUAAAAAAAAAAAAGGGGUUUUUUUGGGCUUUUCAUGGAACAAGGAGCCAGAUACUCUUGUAAUUUCCCCACUUUUUGGUGUUGUUCUUUGCUGAUGAUUCUACAAUUCUUUGUAUUUGUUAGAUAAUUUUUGUUUGAAUUCAUCUUGAAUAAUAAUUCUUUAUAGAUCAA